UAUCCAUAGCAACAGCUUCUAGAGUUGAUCAUCCCAAGAUGGCGGACGAGGAAAGAUCCACAGCGCUCACCGUUCCUACAGAGGCCAAGAAACGUCGGGCACCCAAAGCUCCAGAGCUUCCCAUUGUGGAGCGAAGAAACUGGCUAAUCCACCAACACUACAUCCGCAAAGACUAUGACACCUGUAAGGCGAUCAUCAAAGAGCAACUGCAGGAGACUAAUGGCAUGUGUGAAUAUGCCAUUUAUGUUCAAGCACUAAUCUUACGUCUGGAGGGCAAGAUCCAACAGUCCCUCGAGCUGUUUCAGAACUGCGGCAUCCUUAAUCCCAGCAGCGCUGACAAUCUCAAGCAAGUGGCCAGAUCAUUGUUUCUCCUGGGAAAGCACAAAGCAGCUAUUGAAUUCUACCAUGAAGCUGCGAGGCUCAAUGAGAAAGACUGGGAGAUCAGUCAUAAUCUGGGGUUGUGCUAUUUCUUCAUCAAAGACUUCAAAAAUGCUGAAGAGCAUCUGAACAUCGCUCUCCAGAUAAACAAACAGGACAAAACUUUCAUGAUGCUCGGAAAGGUUCACUUGCUGGCUGGAGAGACUGACAAGGCCAUUGAGGUGUACAAGAGGGCAGUGGAAUUUUCUCCGGAGAAUACUGAACUGCUGACUACUCUUGGCCUGCUGUUUUUACAGCUUGGAAAAUACCAAAAAGCUUUUGUUCACCUUGGGAAUGCACUCACAUUUGACCCCAACAAUUACAAGGCCAUCCUGGCUGCAGGCAGCAUGAUGCAGACUCACGGUGACUUUGAUGUGGCCAUGAACAAGUACCGAGUGGCAGCAUGUGCUGUUCCUGAGAAUCCCCCGCUCUGGAACAACAUUGGCAUGUGCUUCUUUGGAAAAAAGAAAUAUGUAGCCGCCAUCAGCUGCCUGAAGCGAGCCCACUACUUGUCUCCGUUUGACUGGAAAGUGUUGUACAACCUGGGACUGGUACACCUGACCAUGCAACAGUAUGCCUCAGCUUUCCACUUCCUCAGCGCAGCCAUCAACUUGAACCCGCGUAUGGGCGACCUCUACAUGUUGCUGGCAGUGGCUCUGACCAACUUGGAGGAUGAAGAAAAUGCCACCAGAGCAUAUGAACAAGCUGUGACAAUGGAUGAAUCCAACCCUCUGGUCAACCUGAACUUUGCCAUCUUCCUCUAUAAUCACAGUGAAAAGAAGAGAGCUCUGGAUCAGUAUCAGGAGAUGGAGAGGAAAGUCAACCUACUUCGAGACAGCAGCAACAACUUUGAAUUUGAUUCCGAGCUGAUAGACAUGGCUCAGAAGAUGGGCGCUGCCCUGCAGGUGACAGAGAUCCUGGUUUGGACUAAACCUGGAAAGGACUCCAAAUCAAAACCAAACUCAACAGCCACCAAAACCCCCGGUGCUCCCCUGGGAACCAACCAAGCUCUGGGCCAGGCCAUGUCUUCAGCUGCAAGCUACAACAAGAACAUACAGCUUCCAACAGGAGUUUCCAAAAGCCCCUCCAUGCCUCUUGAGCCAGAACCCGAUGUGGAGAGUGCCCCCAGCCCGCCCAGUGAUCCUCCAGGCUCCCCAGAACCUGCAGAGGCGAUCAUCCCCAAACCCAAGACCUCAAAAAGGAAAACCAAGGUGGAGGAAUGAAUGCAUCGAUAGCUACAAACUCAUGGUCACUCUUGUGUUCAAGUGGCAAAAUAAGGUUCUAAAUCAGCAACCAAGCUAUUUGUGUUAUUUUUUUAAGGUCAUUGUAGUCCAAUAAGAAGGAGUUAGAGGCCUCUGCACGGUCCAAAGACAUGUUAUACCUUACACAAACAUCAUGACACUGAAAAGGGCAACAUCAUUGUGCACUUCUAUAUUACCAAUUAUCUCAGACAUAAUGAAUGUCAGUGCAUCACUUUAUACACCUUUUCAAUGAAAAUCGUUACUUUGUCCUGUAAAUCUAUAUGGCAGGUUUGGUUCACAUGUCUAAACCAACUUAAAAUGAAUCUUUGAGUUGUGGACAAAAUGGAAUUAUGAGCAUUUGUGCAGCUGUAAGUGUUAAUAUUCUGAUGAGCUAGCAAUAAGGUAAUGUGAGGGAUUGUUAUUUCUAGGGACGGUGCCAGUCUGUCAGCUGUUGAGCAUAACAGCAGAUAAAUGAAUGUGAAGGAAACGCUGUGACAAUCACUUCUAAGAUAGGAUUAAAAAGAAAUGUAAGAGAAUCUUGAUGUCUGUAUGAUAGGGCUCUAUUGAAUGGUUGAAUGUAAAUAGUGACACAUGCUUUUAUAUGUGGAUAAAUGUAAUGUUUAUAGAGAGUAUUGUAUUUAAUAUUAAACAAGAGACUUUAAUGAAA